AUGGCUCCAUCAAUCACAGCCAAGUACGACUGGAUCCUUGCCUUGACCACAAUCGCCUUCGUCUUUAGUGCCCUGGGCAAUGGCGCAAACGAUGUCGCAAACUCGUACGCAACUUCAGUCGCUGCACGUACACUUACCAUGCCCCAGGCUGGUGUUCUGGCCGCGUGUACAGAGUUUGUGGGUGCCACCGCCCUCGGCUCUCGUGUCACUGCUACAAUCAAAAGCGGCAUCAUUUCCUUGGAUCGAUUCACGGACCGGCCUGGAACUCUCAUGCUAGCCAUGGGCUGUGCGGAGGUUGGGAGUGCUUCCUGGCUUGCCAUCAGCAACACAAUUGGCUUCCCAGUGUCAACAACCCAAACUAUCGUUGGGUCUCUCGUUGGAGUAGGCUUUGCCUCACAAUCCAAAAUUACGUGGGAAUGGAAGAAGGGAAGUGUUUCUCAGACCGCGGCAUCGUGGGGUGUGGCACCACUUAUCGCAGCAGGGUUUGCUGCAUUCAUUUUCGGGACCUUGAAGUACAGCAUUCUUGAUCGACAGGACUCGUUCAAGAAGGCGAUGCGAGCCAUCCCUUUCUAUAUAGCUUUUACAUGCGCUAUCCUGGCUUUAUUCAUUGUUGUCGAAACUCCUUCAGCACCCUCUUUGGAAGAGUUCGGAGCCGGCAAGGCUGUGGGGGUUAUUCUGGGUGUCUUUUUUGGAGUUCUCGCUAUUGCAUACACCUUCUUCAUCCCAUACUUUGAACGUCGACUUGUCAAGAUGGAUGCUCGCGUCAAAUUCUAUCACCUACCUCUCGGGCCGUUGCUGAAGAAGGAAAAUCCUCCACUCUACUUUCCCGGUCGCGCAGAUGGGAGUUAUGUGACCGACUACUAUGCGAGCCCCUAUGCCAGUUCCGCAGAGACCACCUCUUCAGACAGCGUUGUCAGGGGCGAAAAGGCGGAAUCUACGAGUGCGAAUACUAAUAAAAUUGACGAUUCCUCGAAACUCGAGAACGGUUCCCAGGGCGUCCAGCAGCGCAAGCGUGCCUUGGAACCCGAAGAGCGCUUUCUUCAACCAGUCCGACACCUACCCAUACACCACCCACGACGGCUUUGGGGCUAUGUUAAGUUUAUUCUUCUUCAAGGUGUGACUCGUGACUGCGUCACGCACUCCGAUGAAGCGCUCCACGGUGUCCAUAGCCGCGCCCCUAAAUAUGAUAUCCGUGUCGAACACCUAUGGACCUACUGCCAGGUGUUGUCGGCAAUGUUGAUGUCAAUUGCGCACGGUUCCAACGACGUUGCCAACGCUGUGGGCCCCUGGGUCGCCUCUUAUCAGACCUUCAGAUCAGGCGAAGUCAACUCGAAAGCGCCGACCCCCGUCUGGUUCCUUGUUAUCGCCGGCCUGUUGCUAGGCACUGGCUUUUGGUUUUAUGGUUACAACAUCAUCCGCGCACUCGGCAACAGGAUUACUCGUAUGUCGCCAACACGAGGCUUUAGCGCCGAGCUUGGCGCUGCAAUUACUGUGCUAAUGGCGUCGAGACUUGCCUUGCCAGUCAGCACUACCCAAUGCCUUACUGGUGCUGUUGUUGGGGUUGCGCUCAUGAAUUAUGAUGUUGGUGCGGUAAAUUGGAAGCAAGUCGUCUGGAUUUUCAGUGGGUGGGUAUUAACUCUGCCUUGCGCGGGGCUGAUCGCUGGGUUGGUUUGCCUCAUGGCUCUCAACACUCCACACUUUUGA